GAGACCCACCCGGGCAUCGUGAGAAUGAAAGCCCUGGCCCGGAGCUACGUGUGGUGGCCGGGCAUGGAUGAGGAAAUAGAGGGGUGGGUAAGAAGGUGCCAACCAUGCCAGGAGUCCAGACCCAAUCCGCCGUCCGCCCCGGUCCACAGGUGGGAGUCGAACGGGCGGCCGUGGUCCCGCCUCCAUGUGGAUUUCGCGGGGCCGUAUCAGGGCCAGAUCUUCUUUAUACUCGUGGACGCAUAUACUAAAUGGCUAGAGGUAAUCCCGGUGGCCUCGACCUCCACCGCAGCAGCAGUCAGGGCGCUCAGAAGGGUCCUCUGCACACACGGGAUCCCUGACACCCUGGUGACGGACAACGGCACGGCAUUCACCUCCCGGGAAUUCCGGGAGUUCACCGACCGGUACCUCAUAAGGCACAUAAGGUCCGCCCCGUUCCAUCCAGCCACCAACGGCCAGGCGGAGCGCAUGGUGCGGACCACCAAAGAGGCCCUUGGCCGUAUAGUACAUGGGGAUUGGGACCACCGCCUCUCAGCAUUCCUGUUCCACAACAGGAUCACCCCAAACCCUGUAACCGGUUUCAGCCCCGCAGAACUGCUCAUGGGGAGGAAACUGACCACUCGUCUAGAUAGGCUACAC